CUGGCCUACUGCCACUGCUGCAUUUUUUCUUCUUCCCGUCUCGUUUCGUUUCGUCACACCACCCUCGGCUCCCUUCCAUUUCUCUCUUCCUCCUCCGCUGCAUUAAUACUUGCCACUCCCUCCUCCCCGGCGCCGUUCCUCUCUCCUCGCUUCCGGAGCUAUAAAUCUCGGUCCCUCUCCUCCCAAAACCCGCAUUUCUGUGCGCGAGGUCCGGCGAUCGCCGCCGGGGGGAGGUGGAGGAGGAGGAGGAGACCGGCCAUGGGGCAGUGCUACGCGAGGAACGUCCACGCCGACGCGGACGGCGGCGGCGUGGGGGCGACGACCAUCACGGUCUCGGCUGCGGGUGGGGCGGAGGAUGUGGCAGCAGGGGGAGGGGGAGGGGGAGGGGGAGGGAGGCGGAGCGGGCGGUCGUCGCCGGCGGGGACGCCGCGCGGGGGGAGGGCGGGGGCGACGCCGGCAAGGUCGUCGGCGGCCGGGAGCCCCUGGGCGGGGAGCCCGCUUCCCGAGGGCAUCGCGCCGUCGCCGGCGACGUCGGCGUCCACGCCGCGGCAGUUCUUCCGGCGCCCGUUCCCGCCGCCGUCCCCGGCCAAGCACAUCAAGGCGUCCCUGGCGCGCCGGCUCGGGCAGCGGUCGCCGGCCUCCGUGGCGCAGGCGCCGAAGCCGCCGGUCGAGGUCCCGAUCCCGGAGCACGGGGGCGGCGGUGGCGGCGGGGUGGUGGAGCGGGAGCUCGACAAGAGUUUCGGCUACGACCGCCACUUCGCCGCCAAGUACGAGCUGGGGAAAGAGGUGGGGCGCGGGCACUUCGGCCACACGUGCCUCGCGCGCGCCCGCAAGGGCGACAUGAGAGGCCAGGCCUUCGCUGUCAAGGUCAUCUCCAAAGCCAAGAUGACAACAGCAAUAUCUAUUGAAGAUGUGCGCAGAGAGGUGAAGAUUUUGAAGGCUUUAUCUGGGCAUUCUAAUCUUGUCAAAUUUUAUGAUGCUUGUGAGGAUGCCCUUAAUGUCUACAUUAUCAUGGAGCUUUGUGAAGGUGGAGAGUUAUUGGACAAAAUCUUGUCCCGGGGCGGAAGAUACACCGAGGGGGAUGCAAAAAUUAUUGUUGAACAGAUAUUAAACGUCGUUGCUUUUUGCCAUCUUCAGGGUGUUGUUCACCGUGAUCUUAAGCCAGAGAAUUUCCUAUUCAGCACUAAGGAUGAACAUUCUCCUAUGAAGUUAAUUGAUUUUGGCCUCUCAGAUUUUAUAAGACCAGAUGAAAGGCUUAAUGACAUUGUUGGCAGUGCAUACUAUGUAGCUCCGGAAGUCUUGUAUAGGUCAUAUAGCACAGAAGCUGACAUGUGGAGUAUUGGUGUUAUCACUUAUAUAUUGCUGUGUGGUAGCAGACCAUUCUGGGCACGAACUGAAUCAGGGAUUUUCCGUUCAGUGCUGAGAGCUGAUCCAAAUUUUGAUGACGUGCCAUGGCAAUCAGCAUCUCCUGAAGCUAAAGAUUUUGUCAAAAGACUUCUUAACAAGGACUACAGAAAAAGAAUGACUGCUGCCCAGGCACUCUCUCACCCCUGGUUGCGAGAUGAGCACCGGCAGAUACCUCUGGAUAUGCUAGUAUUCAAGUUAGUUAAGGCAUAUUUUCGUUCGACUCCUCUCAAACAGGCAGCAUUGAAGGCUUUGUCGAGAGCAAUAACAGAAGAUGAGAUUAUCUACAUCAGAGCACAAUACAAUUUGUUAGAACCAAGCAGUAGAGAUGGUCGAAUAUGUAUCGAUAACUUCAGGAUGGCUCUUCUACAAAACUCUACUGAUGCUAUGAAAGAAUCAAGAACCCUUGAAAUCUUAAAUGCACUGGAGCCACUAGCGUAUAGGAGAAUGGACUUUGAGGAGUUCCGUGCAGCUACAAUCAGCCCUUACCAGCUUGAGGCCUUGACACGGUGGGAAGAAAUCGCCAGUACCGCGUUCGAGUACUUUGAGCAGGAAGGCAACCGUGCUGUCACAAUUGAGGAGUUAGCUCAGGAGAUGAAUCUUUCCUCAGCAGCGUAUUCUAUUGUCCGUGAUUGGAUUAGACCGUUGGAUGGCAGGCUUAGCUUUUUAGGCUAUACCAAGUUUUUGCAUGGAUUGACGAUGCGAAGCAGCAAUGGGAGGCGGCACCAUUGAUAUUGUUUUGCCUUGGUUCCAUUGGAUGUUGGUGUUUUAUCUCUCAUCUUUUUGUGGCUUAGCUUCUUGUAGAGAAUGCUUGUAGAGGAAAAAAAAGAAAGAAAAAGAAACCGAAAGUGAUAGCUCAAAAUGGAGUUCUAGAGGAAAGGUCGUUUUACCUUUUUUUAACCUCUUGGUUAUGAUACAUUUUUCGUUUUUGGCUAUGAAUGGGCGUUGUACAAUUAGCUCAUGCUACAUGACUCAACCUGGUGCGAUGGGGAACUUGGGUUGCAGGCAGCAGCAAUUUUGGUGAAUUUGUUAAGGUGAACUAUGGUCAUGUGAUCAUCUUAAUGCCUGGGAAGAUAUUGCGGUUUGGCAGCAUGAUCUUAUCAUAUGCCAAAGCACAGCUAUCUU